UCUGUUCGCAUUAAUCUGAACUGAAACAACUGGUUAAAAACAUUAAUAUUUGAGGCGUUAGCGCCGUUAUCUGAUCACAGCAGACGAGCGAUAAGAUAAUCGAUAUUAUUCAUCUGUCACACGAUUUAUUUAAUGUUUAUUUUAUAUCAAUAAUUAAAUAUAGCAAAAUGCUGCAUGCGAUUCACAAGAGAAAAUGCGAUAUUUCGUUUAUGGAAAAGCUGUGAUUAAAUAGUUGACAGAAUUGUGCUUUGUAAAAAUGGAAUUUUUAAGCAUUUCGGAAAAAGGUCCUGUGAGAAUUUUUCAACCCAUCAACGCAACGAGGAAUGACACUAGUUUUUCAAACGGUGACAUUCUCUCAGACAAAUAUGUUGUCAUCGGAACAAUCAUUUUCUUUCUUUUGCUUUUUAUAAUUGCUGUUGCCUUUCAAAUUCUUAAAUCUUAUCGAGGCAAAUGUUGCCAAAAAGAAGAAUCUCAAUUGUAUGCUCAUUUGGAAUCGAAUGAUGACGACGAAGACGAUUCGUUGACUGAUUUCGAAGAUAAUCAUCCAAAUCAUUUGUAUUCCACUUGCCAUUUGUGCGUUGAUGACGCUGAUAUCAACACAGCAUCUCUCAGCGUGAACUUGGAGCGUGAUGAUUGCGAUUUUGAGUAUGACUGUUCAUCUCUGGGGAACAGCGUGGUUGGACUCGAGGAUAGUUAUACAAAAAGUCAAGAAGUGACAGUACCUGAAAGUCGAAGUCGUUCACUCUCAGCCCAACUUAGUUCUAAAUUUCCGUCAAUAUUCGGCAAAAAAAGCACCGUCAUUUGAUGACAAAAGAACAUUUUUAAUCGCUAUAAUGGCUGAUAGUCCAAGAUGUGUAGCAUGAGCCUGUAGAAGAUAAAAGUGUUAUUUAUAUUUGAAAAGAUGGUUUAUGAAAUAAUCAUUUAAAACUUAUUUAUAUGCUGUUAUUUAUAACUAGUUAGCGUGAUAAAUUAUGUUCUAACCAUUAACUCUUGUCACAAUGAAGUGCCAAACUUUUCACUCGUACUGCAUAACCAAUCGGGUAUCAAUAGUUGGCAUCAUAACUAAGCAGUUAUGAUGCCAACUGUUCCACUCUCGGCAUCUAGUUUUGUAAAAAAGGUUUAAAAAAAUUGUAACUAAAACCUAGAUUUUGUUAUUACUAAGAAAAUUUCGGCCCACAAAUCGAAGCAAGCUGGCAACUCUGAUUAAAUAGUUAAUCUAUUUAUAAAAAUGGAACUCUGAAUAGUGUUUUCAUACUGAAAAACAUACAGUUUUCUUAACAUAUAUUCAGCUAUAACAAAUAAUUUAAUGCGUGAAAAAACUUUCUAUAUCACUAUGGAGGAUAUAAACUAUUUUCAAGAGUAUACUUUUGUUUUUAUUGCGUUUUGUAUUUGUAUUUGUUAUAAAAAUAGUUAACAUACUUUCUUUUAUUGCACAGCUGCUAAUAAAUUUAAUUUAUAUGUUUGGGGUUCCACCAAAAGAUGCCCUAUUAUUUCGGGUCCCGUAGCAGUAAAAAAUUGGGAACUGCUGAUCUAUGUAGAACAAUCUAUAAAUUAUAGUUUUACAAAAAAACAAAUAGUAGUGGCCACAAAUAAUCAAGUUUCUUCUCCUCUUCGCAACAACUAUUAAAGACUCGCGAAAACCCUGUCGCAUUUCAUUGUAUUUAUUUCAUAUUUAAUUUCAUAAUUAAAAUUUAAAUUCAUUAUUUUUUAAUGAAAUUUAAAUGUUAUUGAUUUUAUGAAUCAUAUAUGUGAGUGUUAUU